UUCGACAAACGUCCGCUCUAGGCUUCUCGGAGGACAGAACUUCUCUAAUGCCCCAGUGACAGCCCUUCGCUUCUCUGGUCUCUAGAGGUGACGUGAUCAUUUAGCGCUUUCCGGGCUCUGAGUGUUGCUGAUAGGUGUCCUCAGCAUGGGGUUUUCCGAGGUUCUCAGGCCGGUGUCCAGGUUCAAUUCAUUCAAAAGGACACAAAUUAUACUGCAGCAUUUAAGAAUGUCUAGUCACACAGACUCAGAACCAGAAGUGUUGUUGGAAAAAAAAGGCUGUGCAGGAGUGAUAACAUUAAAUAGACCAAAGGCUCUGAAUUCAUUGACUAUUUCCAUGAUUCGACAGAUUUAUCCACAGUUAAAGAAAUGGGAACAAGAACCAGAAAUUUCUUUGAUAAUUAUAAAGGGCGCUGGAGGAAAGGCUUUUUGUGCUGGAGGUGAUGUCAAAGCCAUAGCAGAGGCAGGUAAGGCAAAAGAGAAAUGGACUCAGGACUUCUUCAAAGAAGAGUAUGCUCUGAACCGUGCUAUUGGUACUUAUCAGAAGCCUUAUGUUGCAUUUAUUCAUGGAAUUACAAUGGGUGGAGGUGUUGGUGUCUCAGUUCAUGGGGAUUUCCGAGUGGCUACAGAGAAAACACUUUUUGCUAUGCCAGAAACAGCAUUAGGUCUUUUCCCUGAUGUGGGUGGAGGUUUUUUCCUACCACGGCUUCCAGGAAAACUUGGUUACUUCCUCGGACUCACAGGAUUCAGAUUGAAAGGCAGAGAUGUACAAAAAGGAGGAAUUGCUACACACUUUGUAGACUCUGACAAGUUAACUAUGCUGGAGAAAGAUUUGUUGGCCCUGAAAUCUCCUUCAAAAGAAAAUGUGGCAGAAGUCUUGGAUACUUACCACAAAAAGUGUGAAGUUAAUCAAGAUAAACCUUUUGUACUUGAGGAACACAUGAAUAAUAUUAACAGCUGGUUUUCAGCAAGUACUAUGGAACAAAUCAUUCAGCAUUUACAAGAAGAUGGUUCACCUUUUGCACUUGAGCAAUUGAAGGUAAUUAAAAAAAUGUCUCCGGCCUCCUUAAAGAUCUCAUUAAGACAGUUGACAGAGGGGUCUUCAAAGAACUUAACAGAAGUGUUAAUUAUGGAAUAUAGGCUGAGUCAAGCAUGCUUGAGAGGCCAUGACUUUUAUGAAGGCGUUCGAGCAAUUUUGGUUGACAAGGACCAGAACCCCAAGUGGAAACCUGCUAAAUUAGAAGAAGUAACUGAUGAAUUUGUGAAUGAUUGCUUUAAGCCAUUGGGAAGCAAUGAUCUCAAAUUUUAACUGCAGUGACUGACCUCAGAGCUUCUUAUGAACAGACAAGUAAGAAAAAUGGAAGGUAGACUCUUUGGGACUAGAAAAUCAGCUUAAUUUGACAUGGCAGUCCUUUUUUCCCCCUCUGAUUAUAUGAUAAUCUAUUCAUUUAUUAUCUUGUAUAGCAUUAUAUAUAGACCAUACUGAAUAAAGAUUCUUGGAAAAAAAUGUGGUGAUAUUUUAA